GGUCAUAGACGAGGUCUCGUCUGUGGUAAGAUGCAUAACAUGCUCAGUUGAAACAGUCUCUUGCAUUACAAUAGGAUUGUAUAUUAGAAAACUGCGUUAUGUAUAAACUGAAACCAAAUAUCUAAUUUAAAAAUCUUGGUUAAAUAAAUGUGUUUUUAAAAAUCUAUAUGUAAAUGUUUUUGAAAAAAGUUAUUCGGUCGAUACACUUCCGCAUACCUAUGACUGGGCUCUGACGCAGUCAUAUACAGAAAGCUUGUGUAUGCUCGUGGAAGUGCAGUGUGAUGCAUGUUCUGUAACGCGAAGCUGCCAACAACAGAACAAAAGAAGUAUAUUUUGUAAAUUAAAAUGGAAGUUUUGAAUCAUUUUGAUCACAUUGAUGACAGUGUGGAUGAAAAUACUAUUAGCAAUGACAAUGUUGGGGUAGUUCUAGAAGAAGCAGAAAUAAUAGAUUGUGACACAGAGAUAGAUAAUGUUAAAGAAGAAGAUAACAUACGCUAUCAAAUAUGUCAAGUAAAUAGAAAUGAUAAUGCAGUUGCAUAUAGAGUAGUACAAGUUGGUGAAAGUCAAGCAAAUAAUACAGAAUUAUCAAUAACUACACCUUUAAAUAACACAGUUCAAGUUUUAACAUCACCUAUAAAUGGUCAGUUAUACGUACUCAGUAAUGGCAAUGAAGUAGUUGCAACAGAGUCUGCAAGAACAGUUACGCCACGUGUGAAACUCCAAUUAGAUAAUCCACAAAAUAUUCUUACUACUAUUAAAAAAAGGGAUGAAAGGAGAAGAGUAACACAUAAUGAAGUGGAAAGACGACGUAGAGAUAAAAUUAAUAAUUGGAUUGCAAAACUGGGUAAACUUUUACCUGACUAUGAACAAAGCUCAACAGGAGACGGAGACGUAAAGACAAAUUUUGAAUUACAGAGUAAAGGAGGAAUAUUAGAAAGAGCAUGUGAAUAUAUAACAGAAUUACGAGAUGUACAAGAAACCCUUUCACAAAGUUUGGAUGAAAAUGCACAAUUAUUGGAAGAAGCUAAAACAUUAAGACAAGUUGUGAAUCAAUUAAGGAAAGAGAAUUCUGAACUGAAGGUUCAAAUUUCAAAAAAUUCAACUUAUAUACUUGGUACUUAAUAUUUCUUAGUGUAGAUAAGAAAUAAAAAUAGAUACAAGCUUUUUUAAAUUUCUUUUUUGUUAGUACAAUUGUAUUUGUGCAUUACAUAUUUUUAAUUGUACUUGUAUGAAGUUCAAUAUGUGGGAGAUAUGCGACCAAGUGCAAUAAAGUAAUAAUAUGUAAUAAUUAUAAAAUGUUUAUUUACAUAUAUUUAACUAAGUUUAUAUAUAUUUAUAUAUAUUAUGAAAACAACUUUAAACAUGUUAUGUAAUUUCAACUGUACAUAUCAUAAACAAUAAGUAUUUAUAACGUGAACAAUCGAGCAAAGAGAGUAAUUUAUUAUUAAAUCAUUAAAUUAGAUAUACAAAUAUACAAAACAUCGUGCUAUAUAAUUAAUAGUUAAUCAUUAUCCAAAAGUUAUAUGUCAUUUAACUUUAAAGUCACUUAUUACCUACAUUGUUUCCACUAACA